UGAAUCAUCAUCAUCACGGCGAAGUCAUCUUCUUCGCUUUUAAACCCUAAUUUUGAGGGAUCCUCUGCAGUCUCAAAGUCUGCAUACCAUGGUUGAAGGAAACGGUUUCUUGGUGAGCUCGGUUACUGAGCUUCACCGGAAAGAGAAACAGAAGAAGAAAGGCAAAUCUGGAGGUUUUGAGUCGCUAAACCUCGGUCCUAAUGUCUUCAAUGCAAUCAAGAAAAAGGGUUACAAAGUUCCUACACCAAUCCAGAGGAAGACGAUGCCGCUUAUUCUCUCAGGCGUCGAUGUUGUCGCUAUGGCUCGAACCGGUUCCGGUAAAACCGCAGCUUUUCUCAUCCCUAUGCUUGAGAAGCUCAAACAACACGUUCCUCAGGGAGGUGUUAGAGCACUCAUAUUGUCUCCUACUCGUGAUUUAGCUGAGCAGACUCUGAAGUUCACCAAGGAACUCGGCAAAUUCACAGAUCUUCGUGUAUCCUUACUGGUUGGUGGAGAUAGUAUGGAAGACCAGUUUGAAGAGUUAACAAAGGGACCUGAUGUGAUUAUUGCAACUCCUGGGAGACUUAUGCAUCUUUUGUCUGAGGUUGAUGAUAUGACACUUAGGACCGUUGAGUAUGUGGUUUUCGAUGAGGCAGAUAGUCUCUUUGGAAUGGGUUUUGCUGAACAGUUACAUCAGAUUCUUACUCAGUUAAGUGAGAAUAGGCAGACUUUGCUUUUUAGUGCCACUUUACCAAGUGCCCUUGCUGAAUUUGCUAAGGCUGGUUUGCGUGAGCCUCAGCUUGUUCGUUUAGAUGUCGAGAACAAGAUAAGCCCGGAUUUGAGACUUUCGUUUUUGACUGUACGACCGGAAGAGAAGUAUGCUGCGUUGCUGUACUUGGUAAGGGAGCAUAUAAGUUCAGAUCAACAGACCUUGAUCUUUGUUUCGACAAAGCAUCAUGUGGAAUUUGUCAACUCAUUGUUUAAGUUGGAAAAUAUUGAGCCAUCUGUUUGUUAUGGUGAUAUGGAUCAAGAUGCGCGUAAGAUUCAUGUAUCAAGGUUCAGAGCGAGGAAGACUAUGUUGUUGAUUGUGACAGAUAUUGCUGCUAGGGGUAUUGACAUACCAUUGCUUGAUAAUGUUAUAAACUGGGAUUUCCCUCCGAGACCAAAAAUUUUUGUUCAUCGUGUGGGAAGAGCUGCCAGGGCUGGUCGUACAGGUUCUGCAUAUUCCUUUGUUACACCUGAGGAUAUGCCAUAUAUGUUGGAUCUUCAUCUGUUCCUCUCAAAACCGGUCAGGCCAGCACCCACUGAGGAUGAGGUCUUGAAGAACAUGGAAGAAGUAAUGACCAAAACUAGUCAAGCAAUUGAUAGUGGAGUAACCGUCUAUGGUCGUUUCCCACAGAAAACCAUUGAUCUUAUCUUUAACAGAACCCGAGAAAUGAUUGAUUCAUCUGCAGAAUUAGAUUCCCUUGAAAGAACAUCCACAAAAGCUUUCCGCUUGUAUUCAAAAACAAAACCAGCACCUUCAAAAGAGUCCAUUAGGAGAGCAAAGGAUUUACCCCGAGAAGGCUUGCAUCCCAUCUUCAGAAGCAUUAUUGAAACUGGGGAAUUAGAGGCUAUGUCGUUUUUCCAGAAAAUUAAAAAUUUCAGACCCAAGCAGACCAUACUUGAAGCAGAAGGUGAAGUUGCCAAAUCCAAACAUGUGAAGGGUCCCGCUGGCCAAUGGGUUGAUGUGAUGAAGAAGAAAAGAGCCAUUCAUGAGGAGAUCAUCAAUACAAGACAUCAGCAGAAUCAGAAGAGCUCCAAUAAUCAUUUGGAGAUGGAAGCUGAACCUACAACUUCUUUUGAUGAGGGCACAAUAGAGGGAAGCAAAGUAAGCGGUAAGAAAAGAAAGGCACAAGAAAGUUUCAAGGACGAUGAUUUCUAUAUCAGCUCCAUACCUGUAAAUCAUCAUUCAGAGGCAGGGCUGUCUCUGAGGGGUAACGAAGGGUUUGGAUCGAAUAGGUUGGACGCUGCUGUUCUAGAUCUAGUUGCAGAUGAUGGGCAAGGGAUAAAGCAGCAACAAUCAAAUUAUCACUGGGACAAGAAAAGUAAGAAGUACAUCAAGUUGAACAAUGGAGAUCGAGUAACAGCCAGUGGAAAGAUAAAGACAGAGAGUGGAGCUAAAGUGAAAGCAAACAAGACAGGGAUAUACAAGAGAUGGCAAGAGAGGUCUCACAAGAAAGUAUUCAGCCGAGACGGCGGUGAUGCAGAGGAAACCACACGAAUGUCAGGUAGAGGAGGCCGAGGUGGGAAGAGAUGGCAAGGAUCAGUGCCUAACGCGCAUGUGCGUUCAGAGAUCAAAGAUCUGGAGCAGGUGCGUAAGGAGAGACAGCAAAAGGCAAACAAAGUGUCUUAUCUGCAGAGCAAGAGAGGCGGAAGAGGUGGAACCAGGGGAGGCCGUGGUGGCAGAAGGGAAUUUGGUGGUGGAGGUGGAAGGGAAUUUGGUAGUAGCAGCGAUAGAGGUGGGAGAAGUGGUGGGAGGGAUUUCGGUGGUCGUCGUGGUGGUAGUAGCACUAGUAAGAGAGGAGGAGGAAGAGGAAGAGGAAGUGGAGGGUUCUAUGGUGUAGUGGUUAGCACUCUGGACUUUGAAUCCAGCGACCUGGGUUCGACUCCCGUCUACUAUGAUGUUCUUGGUGUCAAUCCCUCUGCUUCUGAGGAAGAGAUUCGCAAGGCUUAUUACGUCAAGGCAAGACAAGUUCAUCCUGAUAAGAAUCAAGGUGAUCCUCUAGCUGCUGAAAAGUUUCAGGUUCUUGGUGAAGCUUACCAGGUUCUAAGUGAUCCUGUUCAUCGUGAAGCGUAUGAUCGGACUGGAAAAUUCUCAGCUCCCAAAGAAACGAUGGUUGAUCCAACGGCUGUUUUCGCUCUUCUUUUCGGAAGUGAACUAUUUGAGGAUUAUAUCGGUCACUUAGCUGCUGUUCAGAAAGAAAGAGAAGAAAACCUUGCAAGGUUUCUCAAAGAUUUUCUGAGUCAAUAUGUCCAUGGAGACAAAGAAGGAUUCAUACACCGCGCAGAAUCUGAAGCCAAGAGACUAUCAGAUGCAGCUUUUGGAGCGGAUAUGUUGCAUACAAUUGGAUAUGUAUACACAAGACAAGCAGCUCAAGAACUUGGGAAAAGAGCUCUUUACUUAGGAGUUCCAUUUGUAGCUGAAUGGGUAAGGAACAAAGGGCAUUCUUGGAAGUCACAGAUUAGUGCAGCCAAAGGAGCUUUUCAGUUACUUCAGCUGCAAGAAGAGAGUAACCGGCGAUUAAAGAAAGAUGGGGCUAGUCCAGCGAAUGAGUUAGAGUCUCAUAUUCAGACCAACAAAGAAACACUGAUGGGGUCUUUGUGGAAACUUAAUGUUGUCGACAUUGAAGUGACUUUGUUACAUGUGUGUCAGAUGGUCUUGCGCGAAAACAACUUGAGAAAGGAUGAGCUCAAAUCUAGAGCAAUGGCUCUCAAGAUUCUUGGGAAGAUUUUCCAGCAAGAAAAGCAAUCGAGGAACGGUGCAACAUCAAGAAAAGAAGUUGAAGACAGCGAUGACGAUGAUGACAGUAGCAGCGAUGACGAUUCUUCACAACCACUUUCAUACAGAACUCCUCUGCUCACUCAGGGGAUUGGUAGACUUUUCAGAUGUCUCUGCAAUCCAGCAUUCGAUGUAGACGAUGAUGAAAUUGUAUACAAAGGCAAAUGAUCAAUACCACACUCACAUUGCAAUUGAUGGGUCUCACAUGUGAAUGUGAUGCAGCUUCUUAAGUUAUUAAUUCUUUAUAAAUAUUUGUAAUGAUG